CAACACAACGUUACUUCUGAGAUUCCCCCAGACCUACAAUGAUGCUGAAAGUUCUGAUGUUCUCUGCCCUCCUUUGCCUGGCGUUGGUGAAUGGCACUAAGCCUAAGAAGGAAACAGCUGAAGAAGUUGAGGCUAAAAAUGAGAAGCGUGGCGAUUGCCCAGUUGUUCCCUCCGGUAAUAACGUUACCCUCGCUGCCUGUAACACUACUUGCCCCGGGGGCUCCAACUGCGCUAACAUUCACUGCUCCACUGACACCAACUGUGCUGGAAUCGAGAAAUGCUGCAACACCAGCUGUGGAAUGAAAUGUGUCAACCCCGUAUACAAGACGCCUUGUGAGGAGGAAUCAGACUGUGCUGGAACCUUGAUCUGCUGCAAGGGACUCUGUGUAGUUCCCAAGAAAGGUUUGGCAGGAGUGAUCGAAAAAAAGAAAUGUGAGAAAGAAGAGCGCGACUGAGGCGUCAGGGUAGAAACAGAAUUGACAGACAUUUAAUGUAGCAUGACAAAAAUAAAACUAUGGCAAAUCUCACAUUGCUGUGUUCUAAUUUUAUUUACAUACAUUUUAUUAAAAAACCUUGUUUGCAAUAUACUGUGGCUUGAGGGGAAAAACUUAUACUCAAAAUACUCAAUACUUUCUAAAUACUUGCAUGUAUUGGAGCUGUCACAUUUGCUGGGAUGGAGAAGGCACAAUCCAUACACCAGUGAUUGUAGAUAAUGAACAUGUAUAUAUAUCUGGUUGUCCCUGAGGAAGAGCACAGACCGUGCUCAAAAAUGUUGGAUUGUUUUCAAUAAACAUUUUUUUUCUUUGCAUUAA